GAAGGCGCGACUCGGCGACUCGGUCGCUUCUCGGUGGGUCCAUGGGGCCAUCACUGAACCCUACGACCCUUCUCGCGAACUUCUCGUCCCUGAUCGCCCCGCAAGGCUCUCCAACGUGAAGUUGGUGGCGCCGAGUCUCAUGCCGAAGCUGGGAAAAGCAGGCAGCUUGCAAAGCAGGAUAGCCAUUGUGCAUAGCCUUGCUCACACUGAAAGCUGGGCCAUUGACUUGUCUUGGGAUAUAAUAGCUCGUUUUGGCAAGCAAGAGGCAAUGCCUAGAGAAUUCUUUACAGAUUUUGUGAAGGUAGCACAGGAUGAAGGGCGACACUUCACUCUUCUUGCUGCGCGGCUCAAGGAGCUAGGUUCUUAUUAUGGAGCAUUACCGGCUCAUGAUGGCCUUUGGGAUUCUGCCACUGCUACUUCCAAGGAUUUACUAUCACGAUUAGCAGUUGAACAUUGUGUCCAUGAGGCCAGAGGACUUGAUGUGCUGCCAACAACAAUCUUACGUUUCCGCAAUGGUGGGGAUAACACUACAGCAGAUUUACUAGAAAGUGUAGUUUACCCAGAAGAAAUUACACAUUGUGCUGCUGGAGUAAAGUGGUUUAAGUAUCUAUGCGAGAGGUCUAGACAAGAAGAGCAAGAGAUUUGUGCAGUGGGAAGUAGAAUUAAUAGAGAGGAGAAUGAAGUGAUUCCAAAGUUUCAUGCAAUAGUGAGGACAUAUUUCAGAGGACCUUUAAAACCACCUUUUAAUGAGGCAGCCAGAAAAGCCGCUGGAUUUGGUCCCGACUGGUAUGAACCGCUUGCUGUUAAAGAGCCCAAUACACAAUAGCCAACAUUUCUCCUCACUCAAAUUAUGAGUUUCUUGCUACAUACAUCUUGGGCAACUGUAAGUUCUGUAACAUAGAAUAUCAGUU